AUGGCAUAUCUCGAAAGAUCAUCUCCAACGUUGAAAGAGGCACUCCUCAAGAUAUACCGUGCUGAAAAACCUAUUGAGAUCGAUCAACAUUUCUACGAGUUUGGUUCGAUUCAGUAUCACAUCAAGUGCUCGGUUUCGGUUUCGGAUCCAAAGAUUGUGUAUGUAUCGACGUCGACGUUGCUUCAAACACAAGGAAUAGUGACGUUGAAGGAGAUUUCAAGUCACACUUAUGAUGUGAUUAAGAAAAUUGCAGUUGGUGUGAUAGCUAUCGUUAAUCCACCACAAUUAGGUUUUCAACUGACCCUCGGGAUUCAUCUUGAUAAUAUGCCACGUGAUGAUUCACAAGCGAUGAACAACGACAGGCCCAUCAGGAUUGUUUAUCACCCAAGUGAACCUUUCUACGUCUUUAAACAGCUGGAGAAAAUGACGGCGGUGUUUCCGAUGAAUUUUAAAGACGAUUCGGAUGUUGCUAUUGCCACCUCAUUCUUCCAGGAACUAGUGGAAGUGGGAAACCAAAAGGAAAUGGGAAAGGCUCCACAGUGUAAUUGGUCACCAAUACCUCCUCCCCAACUUAGAGGAGAACCGGUCCAAGACUUGACCACCAAUUCUGGUUUUGUCUCUUUUGAUAUUACUUCACGGCACGUUGAAGGAAAGAGACUAGACAAAACGGUUUGGAACUUGCUAAAUUUCUACGCAUACGUUAAAUACCAUAUCAAGUGUUCGAGAGGGUACAUACAAAGAAGGAUAAGAACAAGAAUGGCCAGUUUGGUUAAGGUAUUUUAA